AUGGCGUCGAAAUCCUUACUAGUGCAGCCAUGUGCAAUCUGUUGCUCCGGGAAAUGGCUUGGAAGUGGAAGCUUCGCUGAAAGAGCUUAUCGAAAUGCUUUGAGUGGAAGAAUGAGAUUCAGGUUUGCCAUUUCAUUGUUGAGAGUGGCGAAAUUUAGCACUCGAUCAAAGCAAAAGAAGGCUGGGAAAGUAGACAGCAACACCAUCCAGAGUGUCGCUGACAGUGACAGGUCGAAUUUUCUUAAGGUCCAAGCUUUGAUGGACUAUGAUGGCUAUCGUGAUCUCAUUGGGGAGGAGAAUGCUAACAAAAUAUUUGGGCGGGAUCUCAGAAAUGCAGUUGAUGAUUUUGAUAUUUCGUUUGCGUGUAGAAGAUUUCCUUCUCUUGUCAUAGGCAGUUCUGCUCCUAUUGAGUUAUAUGGAGAGACCACACACAGUUCGGUAAUCGAGAGCCUAUUAGCCUCAACAGACCAUAAGGGUUUUAUUCCAACUGCUAUGGAUACAAAAUGGCUGGAUCCUGUUAAUCCUUUUGAACAGUUGCCUUCUGUGCAAAACCUUCCUGAUUUGCACUCUUCCAAUUCAGAAGAACUGCUAGAUGAAAAUUCAAGUACUACAAGUGAAGGAAAUGAGGAAUUUGGAGAAGGGUUGAAUAGCUUGCCUUCGUUUGUUGAGAAAUCAGAUUUGGAAAAUGAAGAAAUGUCAAGUGAUGUAGUUAUUGGGGGCGUUCUGGCUGCCAAGAAAAGUUCUCAGCUAAAACAAAACGGCUCAUCUCUUGAUGCAUCUCUGAAUUGUGUGCUUGGAGUAACUACCAGACAAUGCCAUCAACUAGAAAACUAUGGUUUCUACACGCUAAGGAAAUUGUUGCACCAUUUUCCUCGUACCUAUGCUGAUUUGCGAAAUGCACAAGUUGGGGUGGUGGAUGGUCAAUACCUAAUAUCUGUUGGGAAAGUCUUAUCUUCCAGGGGAGUUAGAGCAGGUUCUUCCUUUUCAUUUCUAGAGGUGAUUGUGGGCUGUGAGAUCUCAAAUGAGUCUGCGCAUACGUUUGGUGAUUGUCAUGGUUUGGAAAAGAGAACCAUUUAUUUGCACCUAAAGAAGUUUUUUCGUGGCACUCGUUUCACUUUUCAACCUUUUCUCAGACGUCUUGAAGAAAACCAUAAAGUUGGGGAGCUUGUUUGCGUUAGUGGAAAGGUUAGGAAUAUGCGGAUCAAGGAUCACUAUGAAAUGAGGGAAUACAACAUCGAUUUGUUGAAAGAUGAUGAAGGUUCAUCUGCACGUGCUGAAGGGAGGCUAUAUCCUAUUUAUCCUUCAAAAGGACGCUUGAAUCCUGACUUUCUCCGAGACAUUAUAUGGAGAUCCGUGCAAGUGUUGCCUUCCAAUAUUGAUCCUAUCCCAAGAUAUAUCACUCAGGGCUUUGGCGUUUUGCCCCUUGGCGAUGCAUACUUGGGGAUUCACCAACCGAAGACUGUUGAUGAUGCUGACUCUGCUCGUAAAAGGCUGAUAUUUGACGAGUUCUUUUAUCUGCAGUUGGGCCGCUUAUUCCAAAUGCUUGAAGGUCUUGGCACACAGAGAGAAAAAAACGGAUUGUUGGACAAGCAUAUGAAACCAAAGUUAGAUACUGUUCCUGUGGAGCAGUGGUCAAAUCUCACGAAGGAAUUUUUGAAGACCAUUCCUUAUUCUCUUACUCCAAGUCAGCUAACUGCUGCUUCUGAAAUUAUUUGGGAUCUAAGUAAGCCGGUCCCCAUGAAUCGACUCUUGCAGGGGGAUGUUGGAUGUGGGAAAACUGUAGUUGCUUUUUUAGCAUGUAUGGAGGUCAUUGGCCAUGGCUAUCAGGCUGCUUUCAUGGUUCCUACGGAAUUGCUUGCAAUUCAACACUAUGAGAAUCUGCUCCAUUUGCUAGAGUCGAUGGAGGAGCAGUUCAGACCUUCUGUUGCAUUAUUAACUGGAUCAACUCCACUGAAGCAGUCUCGGAUCAUUCGCAAGGACAUCCAAACUGGAGCCAUCGCUAUGGUUAUUGGAACCCACAGCUUAAUAUCUGAAAACAUUGAAUUCUUUUCUUUGCGCAUUGCUGUGGUUGAUGAACAACAUCGCUUUGGCGUGAUACAGAGAGGAAGAUUUAACAGUAAGUUAUAUUCUGGCUCUUCAAUUUCAAAAUUAGCAGAGGCUAAUGCAGAGGGGUCGCCCUCAGGCGGCAAUAGCUGUAUGGCACCACAUGUUCUUGCCUUGUCAGCUACUCCUAUCCCCAGGACACUUGCACUAGCCCUAUAUGGAGAUAUGUCUCUGACUCAAAUAACUGACUUACCUCCUGGUAGACUUCCAGUUGAAACAUGUGUCAUUGAAGGAAAUCAUGAUGGGUUUGAAGAUGUCUACAAGAUGAUGCUGGAUGAACUACAAUCUGAAGGUAGAGUUUAUCUCGUGUAUCCGAUCAUACAACAAUCUGAGCAACUGCCACAACUUAGAGCUGCUUCGCCAGAUCUCAAGAACAUAUCUGAAAAGUUCCCCAAUUACAGCUGCGGGUUGCUGCAUGGCAAAAUGAAGGGCGAAGAAAAGGAGCAAGCUUUGAGAAGUUUUAGAUGCGGAGAAACUCAAAUACUGCUCUCUACCCAAGUAAUUGAAGUAGGUGUCGAUGUCCCAGAUGCAUCUAUGAUGGUUGUCAUGAAUGCCGAGAGGUUUGGAAUAGCUCAAUUGCACCAAUUGAGAGGCAGAGUUGGGAGGGGGGCUAGGAAAUCCAAAUGUAUACUGGUAGCAUCUACGAGCAGCAGCCUGGAGCGUUUGAAGGUCCUGGAGAAGUCGUCGGAUGGGUUCCACUUGGCAAAUGUAGAUCUUCUCAUACGUGGACCUGGCGAUCUGCUUGGCAAGAAACAGUCGGGACACCUUCCGGAGUUCCCCAUCGCCAGGUUGGAAAGAGAUGGGAACAUUCUGCAAGAUGCACAUAGCGCUGCACUGAGGAUUCUUCGGGACUCGCCUGAUCUGGAAAAGUUCCCAGCUCUGAAAGCAGAACUCAGCAUGCGACAACCUUUGUGCCUUCUUGGUGACUGA